ACUUAUUUAAUCUGGUUUAUUCAAGUAAAACGUGAUUUAACUAUAAAAAAUAUCAUAAAAAUAAACAUUGUUUUCAUAUAUUUACUCACAAUGCAACAGCACUUGUUUAAGAGACAGUCAUUCCAUGACAGGAAUGUUUGAAUUGAACAUAAGACAUAUAUUCGGACAGAUACGGUUCGGAUUCACUCAAAUGUCACAUAUAAGGAAUAAAUUGUGAAUUUACAUUUCCAAUAACUGAAAUAAUGGAUAAAAUUAAUGUUCUAUAAUAAAAUUAGGUGUCACAGAGACAAUCAUAUUAAAAUAAGAAAUGGCUGGAUUCUAAUGAAAGUACAUUUCAGGCAAUGACAGACAGUGAGAGCAUCAGCAGUGGCACCAACUCUCUAGAGAGGCGGUCGAAGGAGAGACGACUCAGCGAUAGCAGUUCUCACGAUGAACACUUGCGGCUGGCAUGCAUUGUCAAAGGGGUACAUGCAGAUCUGCGGAAAAAAUUCAAGAGCUCAGGUGAGAACAACCUGGAGCGCAUCUGGGAUGAACACUGCCAGAAUAAGCCAGUCCUCUCACAAUACGCUGACGCCAUGCACCACCUGGCGACAGAACACUGGACCAAAAAUCAGGAAACCAGAAUUGAUUGGUGCCGAGAAACUAUCAACGAAUAUUUUACCAAAGGAGGCCUCGAAAAGGUUCUUGAUAAAGAGGAACGUAGAAAACAGCAUAAGAAAGAUAAACAAAGUUCUGGCGUAGAUAAUGGGAAGUCUGAAAUCAAUGACAGUAACCUUUUGCCUGAAAAAUCAAAAGAAAAUGCAAAUUUGUUAGAUGUCAUGAAGGUUACUUCAAAAACAGUUCAAGCGGAUGGUUCUCCCGGUAGUGAAAUUACCGAUUCAAGUAAUCUAGAACCAAAGAGCUUGACUGACAUGUCUAGUGAAAGUUCCUCCAUACAGUCCAGUGGUGCUGUGUAUUUGACUGAUUCAGAAUCAAAUGUGAACGUUUCGUCAGACGAGGGCGGUGAUGCUAGAAACAUUGAUUCCUCGUGUAGUUCUAGUUUACGUAAGCCAAUGGUGUCAUCGAGUGAAGAUGACACUUUGCAGUUCGAAGAAAGGCAGAUGGUGUUCCCCCAGUGCAUUGGCGCUUCGGGGGUGAAAACAACAGACCCAAACACUCCUCUAAAACACUCCUGUAGCACUGUAAUUCUACCAGUCGAGGGAAAGAUUCGACUGUUGGAUGUGGGAAGUUGUUUCAACCCGUUCCUGACUAUCCCAGAAUUCCAAGCAGUAGGAAUCGACAUCAGCCCAGCUACAGAGAGCGUGUUCUACUGCGACUUUCUACACCUCCGAACCACGGAACCACUACAGGUAGCAGACGACACGAUGUCAACAUUUAUAAAUAACCUAAAAGAUCCGGUCGAUUGGCUUCCGGAAGAGAGCUUCCACGUAAUCGUGUUUUCGCUGCUUCUUGAGUAUUUUCCUGCUCCGUAUCAACGAUGGUUGUGUUGCGAGAAAGCGUGGAAUCUUCUCAUGUAUAACGGAAUUCUAGUGAUUGUUACCCCUGAUUCUCACAAACAACAUCGUAACGCUCCAAUGGUGAAAAGUUGGAAAACUGCGAUCGAGUCGUUAGGUUUUAAACGAUGGAGGUACGUGAAACAAGAACACUUGCACUGUAUGGUGUUUCGUAAAGUAACGAUCACUAGUGAAGACAAGCAGCAGCGAUUUCUAAAAGGAAUCACGCCAGAUAUGAUAUACAUUCCCCAAGAUUUUAACGACGUUGAGAAUUUCGAGUCUGUCAACACAGACUAUGGCUAUUGUGAACAAAACGAAGAGUUUUAUCGAAGCCAUGCAUUUAAUGAACUACCAACGAUGACGUCCGAAUCAGAUGAGAAUUAAAUUCUCAUAACCGAGGCGUGAUUUUAAAACUGUGGGUGUUUUCUUAGUGCCAUGAUUUAGUUUCAGAACAUAAUUUUAUAACUGAAUUGUCUGAGGGUUUUUUAAGAUACAAAGAUCAUAAUGAAGCGGAAAUACAGCGUAAAAAUGUGUAAAAAAUUGCCAGUGCUUGACAAUGGAUGGGAAAGAUUUUGACCAAAUUCUAAAUGACAAAAAAAUUGAAAAAUAAUCAGAUCUGACAGAACACUAGCUUCAAAACUCUUUUGAAAUGUACUGUUUAAGCAAAUGUGUAUGAAAAUACCAAAGCGUGAAGAUUAUUACCAUAAGUAUUGAAAUUAAAUAUUUAAACUUUAUAAAUAUGAGAUUUUACUUUACUGUGAUAAUAAAAGAAUAUGUUUUUUGUUUGUUAUGAAAUGUCUUAAAAAUCUUCAUAUCUAUAUUAGAUAAGAGUAUUUAUUUUGAGAGUAUUUUAUUAUUUCUCUGUAUCUAAUGAAUAAACAUUCAUCUUUUA